UCUAGAGCGCGGAGGGGCCAGGCCGGGGUCGGAUAGGACUGGGGCUUGCACGGUAGGCGCGGGUCUCCAGACGACCCCCUUGCCACAGGGUUGGCGGGGAAGGGCUCGCGUCUCCCGGAGCUGGGGCUGCGGAGGAGGCUCCGGGGACAGGUGGCUGGCUUGGCUGGGGGAGGCGUGUGGCCUCCUGGCCCGAGUGUCUGCCACGAGCCCGCACGGAGAGCAUCCAAGAGCGGCUAGACUGCAGCAGCCCUUUCCAAGACUGCAUGUAAACGAUCAGUGUAUGGGUAGCUGUUUCUUUGAAGAGCGCUUGCCCUUGAGGGAUGGCAGAAGCUGUGUUCCAUGCACCAAAGAGGAAAAGAAGAGUGUAUGAGAGCUAUGAGUCUCCUCUGCCGAUCCUGUUUGGCCGGGACCUGGGUCCUCAGAAGGAAUUCAGAAUAUUCCGUGCUGAGAUGAUCAACAAUCAUGUGAUUGUGAGGAGCCCAGCGGACAUGGAGCAGCUAUAUGGGAAAGGUUAUUUUGGAAAAGGCACUCUCUCAAGAAGCCGUCCAAACUUUUCCAUCUCGGACUCGCAGCUGGUUGCAAAAUGGAAAGAUGUGGAGACCAACAUGCCCAUCAUCAUGUCAGAGAGGUAUCAGCGUCGUCUGGCAUGGGCCACAGAUUUCCUGCGCAGACAGGGUCAGGAUGAGAGCACUGCACGCAGCAUCCUGGAGGAGUACACGAAGCCAGUCCAGUGUCCCAGCGAAGGGAGCAGUACAGAGGGGCAGCUUCAGGCUGGACUCUUGGCAGGAACAGCGGGGCUUCCUGGGAUGGAUGGAGCCUCUGGCACUGCACAGGAGACAGGAGAGGCCGACAUGGGCUCCGGGCCUGACCCAGUGGCUGCAGCCGUCUUCAGGGAUCACGUGGGAGAGGACCUCACACCUACUCCCUGGGUUCCCAGCUGUGCACAGGAUGCACUCAGCCCGCAGUGUGGCCUUCAACCUGCAGCCAGCAGCCUGCUACCCAGUGUCCUCCAUGCUGGAGAGAGGGAGUCCGGCCCGGAGUUCGUGCUGGUGGAGGAGGAGGCAACCAGGAGCGAGAGGGAGGACACCCUGGAGGAGGAGUUGGUGCAAAGAAAGAGAUUAAUAUGCAGAAGAAACCCCUACAGGAUCUUUGAGUAUCUGCAGCUCAGCCUGGAAGAGGCCUUCUUCCUGGUCUAUGCGUUGGGGUGUCUGAGUAUCUACUACAAGAAGGAACCCCUGACGAUCCGAAAGCUCUGGCAGGUAUUCACCGCAAUUCGACCUACAUUCAGGACAACCUACGGGGCUUACCACUACUUCCGGAGCAAGGGCUGGGUGCCCAAGGCAGGGCUCAAGUAUGGGACAGAUCUGCUGCUGUAUCGGAAAGGCCCUCCAUUCUACCAUGCAAGCUAUUCUGUCAUUGUGGAGCUCGUGGAUGAGCGCUUCACGGGCCCCCUCCGUAGACCGUUCACUUGGAAGUCGCUGGCAACGCUUAGCAGAGUUUCAGGCAACGUCUCCAAGGAACUUAUGCUGUGCUACUUGAUUAAACCAUCUACCAUGACAGAUGAAGACAUGGAGUCCCCAGAAUGUCUGAGGAGAAUUAAGGUUCAGGAGGUGAUUCUCAGUCGGUGGGUGUCUUCACGGGAAAGAAGCAACCAAGACGAGCUAUAGUGAUCUAGCCUCGGGCCUGUCAAUCCACCAUCAAGGUUCAGGGUGGGAUGAAAAGUCCUUCCACUGGGAUCAGUCAUUCAUCAUUUGAAAGGGCAUGAUGCUCUCAGCACCAGGAAACCAGUCCUGUUGUAAAAGAUAAUUGUAGUAGUCAGCGGUGGAACUCAGAGUAUGUGCCUGGCAUGCACAAGGCCCUGGGCUCCAUCCCUGCAGAGGCCUGUGCUGGACUACAGAUUCUGUCCUCAAGCGGGUCCAAGCCUGCAACUGAGCCCAAGCUUUCUGACCCUGUCCUCAUCCAGACGCUGGAGGUGAUCACCCAGCUGCUCAUAGGACUCCCCUGUAACAGGGAGGUCUGCUCUCAUUGUUUAUCUGGAGACGGGACAGCACUUUACAGUUCAGAAAGCACCUUUGUACACUGGUGUCUCUUGCUCUCCACAUCUCAUCUGUUCCAUAGAGGGCAUCAGAGAACAGAUUUCAGGAUCACCAGAGCCCAUGUUCCCAUUACUUCAAGUGAAAAACAUACCAUGUGUCUCAGCUUUUCCAAGGACUUCACAGAGUUACGGUACCUCAGAGGUCUCUUUAUUCUGUGACUGCUUUACCGUGAGAUCACGUAUCCUUGAUAUCCUAAUAGCAAGUUUGACAAGAGUGGACCCUAUAGUCGGGGUGCCGGGCCUGGGAAGCAUGUGACACUGAUCUCAUCAUCUCAUCUGUCAACCCCACGUGGUCACACUGAGUGCUAGAGACAUCCUGUGAGGAAAAUGGUAAAUCGAUACAUACCAAGCAUUGGAAGCAUCUUUGGGACAUAAUAUUUCUAAAGAAAUGUUGUCUGUAAUUUUCAUUGCAUUUCCUUAUAUGUGUGACUUGGGACACCUACUGCAGUUCUUUUAAAAAUUCAUCAACAGUGUCCCUACCCAAGGAGAGAAGAAAUAAAAAUUACCACAGUAUGGCAUGUAUUUGUAGGCUGUGAGGAAAGAACUCACACAGGGUGUUGGAUCUCUUCUCUGACACCCCAAGACAGCAAUGUAUCUCACUGUGUCUUAGUACAGUCUCGUCAGGGUAACCCACUCAUCUAAGCACUAGUAGUUAUCGAUUAGCAAAGACAUAGGCUCUGAACUUCCUGUUUGUUUAUUUAGCAGGAGUGGGGCUUGAACCCAAGACCUUCACAGUGAUCUAUACCCCCAGCCCUUUUUCUUUCUCCUUUAGAGACAAAGUCUCACCAGGUUGCCCAAGCUGGGCUUGAAUUUGUGAUCCUUCCACCUCAGCCACUGCAUCUAGCUGUGUCCCCAUUUUAGAAUUUGAGAAGCUGAGCUGGGAGAAGUUAAGAACUCAGAGUGACAGAGAGCAGGCAGGAAACCAAACCCCGAAAUUCACCUUCCUCCUGGCUGUCUCAUCCUACCACCCCAGUCUCAGGAAGUUGAGGGUACUGUACAGAACAAUUGUUAAAAUAGUGUCAAAUCACUUCAUUUUAAGGUUUUUGUUUAAGGUUUUAUUUAAAGACCUCAGGUUUCCAGUUUUAAUUGGUCUUACAAUGCAGAAAUAUCUCUCCAGACUUAUGAGGUCUAAUCAUAAAAAUUGUACUACAAAUUUCUUGAAUUUUUUUAUGUAAAAUGCACACAUUCAUUAAUUCAAACUUUAUGAGUACAUUGUAAAAUAUUUCUAGUCAGUAUGCAAAGAAUUAUACAAAUGAAAGUUAAAGAUGAGAUGAAUUACUACUUGACUCUUUAGACCAUGUAGUUCCCUAAUGUAAAUCAUGAAAGAAAAGCAGCAACAUUAAAGAUCCAUGGCCAGGUGAUGACUACUUAAAAAUUCAGUCAUGGUAGAUACUUGGUCAAAGUAUGGGACAAUGUGGGUUAGCUAAAUGGAAGAUUCUAAGCCACCAUCAAUAAUGUUAAGCCUUUUUUUAACAGUGAAUUUUUUUGGUACACAUUUGACGUACAUAAUGAUCACAUGCCUCGUAAGAAAUUUGUCCUUACACGUAAUAUAACUUAAUUUUUUCCCCAUUCCCCUCAAUGAAAGUUUCUGUGGCACCAUCAGAAAUGUUAAAGUUUUUUUCAAAAAUGAAUUUUCUUUUUUUUGUUUUAAAGUGAGUAAGAUUAAACAGAACAACAGAUCAUAAGGAAACAACUUCAAGAAACAUGGAUUUCAAAGCAAGUCCACUGGAGAUCUUCACUGUCUGUCAUAUUGUCUCUCGUUUUCUUCCUCAUAGUUGUCCCCAUCUUCACACACAGUGAAUAUAUACUGAACAUUAUAGAACUAAUCUAGUCAUAACAGGAUGAUGAAGGCUUUUAGGUCUGCAAGACCUGACGUUGGGGAAGUCAAUAAUGACCGCCAUAAGGUCUCAUUCUCUUCCAAGUAGCUGUCCAUAUCUUUAUGUAGGCUGAAAUUGAACAUAAGAGACUAGACAAUUGCUCUGAACAGUGAAUAAUAGUAUUGCUAGCUUUUAUAUUAUAAUGCUACAGAAAUAGCAUGGGGUAUCUUAGUGUCUCUUCAGAGUAUCUCUUCAUUACAUCAUGUACUAUAUAAUCUGUUCCUGUAAACUGUUUAGAAAUUAUCCACAUGUGUGAAUCUCUACAUGGAUAUCUAUCCUUUCUAUAUUAUAAGGAAAAACAGAUCAAAACAAGCCAACAAAACAAAUUCCUAGAAAAACAUGAAAUGAAAAAGACCAAUAUUAGGUGAUCUACAGUAGUUACUAUGCUUUCUCUUGUUAUUUUUAAUAGAAUUAUCUACAUUGUCAGACAAUACAAUUGAACAUAGCCUUACAUAGCAAUUUUAAUAAAAACACAACAUUGGAGACAUUAUAGGACUUCAAAACCAGUUAAUAAUCAAACCAGAAUGGGUAUCUUAUUACAUCUUCAGAGUAGUUACCUCUACUCUUAGACUUGAUAUUGUCAAGCAUAUCAAAUUCAAAUAAAAUCAGUCAAGACAAAACAGCAGUCUAACAAACCAGCUUCUGAUAAGAUCAGUCAUAGUAAAAACAAUGUAAGUAACACAGGGCCUUCGUUUAAGUUAAUAGGCAAUUAAGGAUAGUUAUAAUAUAGCGUACUAUUUUUGGGAUAGCUGUCUGUGCCCUCAAAUCUAGUAUGAGUAGACGGACUGAAACAGAAUAAAAUCAAACUAAACAGUGAUAAGACCAAUGUGGCUUUUAAAGCCUGAUACACUAUUAACAAUGUCCUCUGCCUUCCUUUUUUAGGCAGUUCCUCAACUUUCGCUUUCUCGGUGCUUUGUAUAUUUUGGGUCCCACUAGUUCCUUUAGUUUUUAGAUUAGGGGGGCAACCCAUUAUUUAUCUGGCGCUGAACCUUUUUACCCCUGAGCUUGAUCUUGAGCUGUAUUCCUUUAUUUACUAAAGCCACAAGAUUUUCCUUCCUCCUAGCUGAGUAGUUCUCCACUGCACAAAAGUGUCAUGACUUUCCAGCCUAUCUGCAGCUGCUGGACGAGCUGUCCCUGUUUCUCUCUGGUUCCCUGUCACAUAGAGCAUCGUUUUCUCAUCUUUGACUCUCAGUUUAUUAACCCUCUUUCAGGUUGAAUAUAUUUCCUAUUCAGAGCAUCUCAAUGGAUCCUAUCUCCUGAUCUACUUUGCCUGUGUUUCUUUUUGUUAACGUACAAGGCUACCUAUAUUAGAGAUUAUAACCCACCUUCUCUGCCUCAUCUCUGCUAUUCUAUUUUUCUGCUAUUAUUUGUCUACUUUACUCCUUCAUUCCACUGUCUGCCCCGUUCAUUGAGGCCUCUCUGCCACUGUUGGUGGCAUCCUGGUAUUUUUUUCUCUCUCUGUCUAGAAUGUCCUUCAGUAUUUUUUAUAGAGUUGGAUUGGUGGCCAUGAACUCCCACAGUUCCUCCUUGUCUUGGAAACAUCUUGUUUCUCCAUUAAUUUUGAGAGAGAGUUUUUCAGGGUACAUCAAUCUGGGUUAGAGGUUAUUUUCUUUUAGGGCUUGAACUACUUCCUCCCAGGUUCUUCUUGAUUUGGUAGUUUGUGUUGAGAAGUCUGUUAUUUUGAUGAAUUUUCCUUUAUAGGUGAUCUGCUUUUCUCUGACCACUUUUAAUAUUCUGUUCUUGCAGAUUUCUGGGAUCUUAAUUAUUAUAUGACUGGGUGUAGAUCUGUUUUGGUUGUGGUUGGUUGGAGUUCUGUGUGCCUCAUUUAUUUGGAUAUCAUUUCUUUUUCCUAUGCUUGGGAAGUUUUCCUUAAUUAUUUCUGUGAAUAGCCUUGGUAAUUCAUUUGUGGUUACUCCUGCUUCUUCACUCACAUUUUUUAUUCUUAAGUUAGAGAUCUUCUUGUCUUCUAACCUUUGAUUUGUUACUUCCUGGUUCCUUUUUAUUUUUAAGAGGUCUUUUCUUUCACAAUCACACAUUGCAAAUCUAUCUUCAAAUUUUGAAAAGCUAACUUUAUUUUCUGUCAGGGCAUUUUGCCAGCUUUCAAUGGAUUUUUUCAAUUUCCUGGUAAUCUCUUUGGAUCCGUUUCAUGUAUUCUAGACUUUUAUUUAUAUUCUUCACCAAAGGUUUCUUUUUCCUUUUCUGGGUUCCUCCCUUCUUCUGUCUGUAUCUUCUUAAGAGGGGCUUAGCAUUUCUUUUAUUAAUCUUUUAAUAUCUUGCCUCACUUGGGUUAAAAUUUCAGUUUUAAUUUGGUCUAUGAGGUCAUGAAGGUAUUUCUUCAUGUCUGCGGAUGUUGUGGCCAACAUUGCAUGAUUACUGCACUGGUUCUCUUCUGUAUUUACCUCUCCUGGGCUUACUUUCCCAGGGUCAGCCACUGGAGGUUUUUUCUUAUUUCUAUCAUCGUGUUUCUGGUUUCUUUUAGGCAGGUGUGUGGUAGAGAUCUCAGGCCCUCUCUGUAUUGCUUACAGUUUUUCUGAAGCGUGCUGACUGGGGGCUUGCUGCCCUCUCCAGUUUGCUGUUAUCUGAGGUGCACACAGGGACUGUGGGCUAAGCCCUCUUCUCUGAGCCAGUCAACUGGCAAGUGCCUUCAGCAACUUAGCCUGUGCUUUGUGGACGUCACUGGGUCAGGACAGUUUCCCCCCUAGCUAUUGGGUCCCAGCCAGGGGCAUGACCCAGCCUAAGUAGGUCCCAUUAGUCCUCUCUGGGCCAGGGGCAGCUGACUGAUGCAACUGCAGCUCCGGGCUCAGGCUUUGUUCUGCCCAAUUCCAGUAUGUCUUCCAGCAGGCCACACCUGCCACGGGAGCCAAUUUCCACUGAGAAUUAAUGCAGUUCUUUACCUUGGCUCCACUCCAUGCUGUGCCGCGUCCUCCCACCCAGGGCCCGUGCUCACCAACUCCUGUUAAUGGCGGCUGCGGCUUCAGCAUGACCUUGAAUCGUCCAACUCCACGGUGCACCCAGCACAGCACGGAACCAGUGAGCGUGUCCGGCUCCAGCCCUCCACUCACAGUGUUCCUUCCUCUUCCUGUUUUUCUUUUUCCUUCAGUUUCCUCCUGAAUCCCCUCCCCUCAUCUGGCCCUCUCCAUGUUGUCAAAUUCCAGCGUCUGAGCUGUUUUUCCCAGAGAGGCUCUCCUCCCAGCUACGUAUCAAGCUGCCAUAUUCUUAAGUCCCAAAGAUGAAUUUUAUUGAUACAUGUUUGACAUACAUACUGAUCCCAUGCCUCAGAAGGAACUUGUACCUGUACAUAAUUUAACAAUUUUUUUCAUUCCUCUUCCCUCCUUUCUUCCCUUUCUCCUUUAGAAAACUUUGUUUCUAUUAUUUUCCAUUUUAUAUCUUUUUUAAUGGUUUAUUCCCUUCCUCCCCUCACCCAGUCUCUUGUUCCACUUCCCAUUUGAACAUUUUUACUUCCCAGUGUCUACUAUCCAUUUUGGUCAUUAUUUACCCUUUGAGUUUUUCACACAACAAAAGCAAUGCAAUGUUUAAACUUGUGGCUCUGAUUUAUUUCAUUUAAAAUUAUAUUCUCAAGGUACACCCAUUUACCUAAAAAGGUCUCAAGUCUAUCCUUAAUGACAGUAUAGUAUUCCGUUGCAUAUAAGAACUGUAUCUUCUGUAUCCAUUCAUUGAUUGAUGGGCAUCUGGGCUGUUUCCAAGAUUUAGCUAUUACAAAUUCUGGUGCUAGAAACAUGGGUGUGCAUAUAUUGGUAUGAUGUGCCUAUAGUGGUAUGAUGCUUUUAACUCAGGAAAAUACUGGAAAGGAAACACCUGGGUCAAUAGAACCUCUUGUUUUAGUGUUUUGAGGAAUCUCCUUACUGAUUUUCAUACUGGUUUUACCAACAUGUUCCAUCUGCAUUGGAUAAGUGUUCAUCUUUCCCUACAGCCUCAUCAUCAUUUGUUACUGAGUUUUUUGAUAGCAGCCAUUGAUGGCCUCCUUUUUCAGUGAGAGGUUUUAAUUUGCAUUUCUCAAAUGGCCAGUGAUACUGAACAUUUUUCACUUACUUAUUUGCUGUUUGUACUUUUUCAUUUGUGAAGUGCCUAUUCAUUUCAGAUACCCAUUUUUGGGUUGAGUCUUGAAUUAGGAGGAUCUUAUUUUUGAGUUUAACAUAUUACACAUAUUAGUUCUUUAAGGAACAGCUGCUAAGAAAAUUUUCCCAUUCUGUAGGUUCUUUUCACACUAUUGGUGAUUUCUUUUGUUGUGUAAAAAGCUUUUUAGCAAGAUGACACUCCAGUUGUUGAUUCUUUGUAGUAUGGGUUUUUGUUCAUAAAAUCUUUGCCUACACCUAUUUGUAAGUUUUCCUAUUAUCUUCCAGAAGAUUGUUUCUGUUUUAAUUUUUAGAACUUUGAUCCAUUUCUAUUUUAGUUUGGUGCAUGGUGAGAGACAUAGAAGUGUGAUCAUUUUCACUAUAUUGGUGCAUCAAGAACAAGAGUUUUCCGUCUUAUGAUAACCUCUUUGGCCUCCUUUUUCAGACUGCAGCUUUUUUCAUUUCUUCUUGAAAUAGGACUCGCUAUACCGUUCAGGCUGCCUUAAACUGACUUUGUAACUUGAACUGGCCUCAGCUCCUGGGAUCCUCCUGCCUCAACUUCCUAAGCUCUUACAGGCGUGUACCUCCACGACUGGCAGUACUGCAGUUUUCAAUGGAAAGCUCUUUUAUUUCCUUCACCAGAUUGAUUCCUAAAUCUGUCUGUUGUUUUUUCUUGUUUCUUUCCCCCUUUUUUUGAUACUAUUGUGAAAGAUACGGUUUCUUUAAUUUCUCAGUUUGUUAUUUAUGUACGGGAAUGCAGUUAAUUUUUGAGUGUUGGCUUUGUAUCCAGCUAUGCUACUGAAUUUGGUUAUUAAAUUUAGAAAUCUUGGUAGCGUUUUGGGGGCCUUCUAUGUAGAGUAUCAUGUCAUCCACAAAUAAUGGUAACUUUUUCCUCUGCGAUCCUUAUUCCUUUUUUUCUGUCUAAUUGCUCUAGCUAAUGUUUCCAGAACUAUAUUGAAUACGAGUGGUGAUAAUGGACGUCCUUAUCUUGUUCCUAAUUUUAGAAUGAAAACCUUCAAUUUUCAACCAUUUUAGUAUGAUGUUGGUUGUUGGUUUGUCAUACACAUCUUUUAUCAUUGAGAUAAAGACACCUAUUUUUCUGUAGUGUUUUUCUAUCAUGAAUUUGACUUUGUCAAAUGCUUUUUCUGCAUCUAUUGAGUUGAUAAUGUGGUUUUGUCCUUGGUUCUGUUAAUGUAUGUUGAACCAUCUCUGCAUUGCUGUUACGAAUAUUACUUGAUCAUAUUGUAUAAAAUUCUUGAUGAUUUGCUGCAUUCUGUUUGGCAAUAUCUUGUUAAGGAUUUUUGCAUCUGUGUUCAUUAAGGAGAUUGACCUGUAGUUCUGUUUUUUGGUUGGAUCAUUCUCUAGUUUUGGUAUCAGAGUAAUUAUUUCCCUGAAAGAGUUUGUGAAUAUUGUUUCCCUUUUUAUUUCAUUAAAGAGUUUGAGGCAUAGUGGCCUUAGAUCUUCUCUAACUUUCUUGUAGAAUUCAGCAGUGAAUUUAUGAAAACCUGGGCUUUUCCUUGUUGGUAGGCUUUUAAUUCUUUAAUUUCAUUGACUGAUAAUGGGUUAUUUAGAAUUUUUAUAUCUUCUCAACUCAACUUCAGAAAUUCAUAUGUAUCCAGAAAACUAUUCUUUUCUUCUGGGUUUGCCAUCAUAUUAAAGUAUGGGUUCUUGGGCCAGGGACAUCUCUCAGCAGCACAGGGCCUGCCUGGCAAGUGCAAGAUCGUGAGUUCAAGCCCCAGUAGCAAAAAAAAAAAAAAAAAAAAAAAAAAAAAAAAAAAAAAAAAACUUUAAAGUACAAGUUCUUGAAGUAGGUAUUGAUGAUCUGAAUUUCUCUAAGAUUGUUGUGAUUUUUUUACUUUUCAUUCCAAAUUGCAUGGAUUUAAAUCUUUUCUUUCCUUUUUUAAACAUAAGGUUCUCUUGUAAGGCUGUUGCAUCCUAUGUUACAUUGUGUCAUAUUGGCAUUAUCAUUUAAUUUUAUUCUUUUACCCUGUAUGUUUUUGUCAUUUAAUUUUAGAAACUGUCUAAUUUCUUCUUUAAUUUCAUCUGUGAUCCAUUAGUUAUUCAGAAAGGUCUUAUUUGAUUUCCAAAUGUUUAUAUAGUUUUUCUAGUUUCUUUUAUGAUUGAUUUCCAACUUCACUGCACUGUGACCUGAUAAUAUGCAUGGGAUAAUUUAAAUUCAUUUGUAUUUAUUUAAGCAUGUUCUGUGAGCUGGUAUGUGGUCUAUUUUGGAGAUCAUCCCAUGGGGAGCUGAGAAGACUGUGUAUUCUGUUGUUUGCCAGGGUAGAACACUAUAGUUCUCUACUAGGUCCAUGUUUUCAAAGAUUUUGUCCAGCUGAUAUGUCUUUAUUUGUUUGUUUGUUUGUUUUGUCUAGUGGAUCUUUUUGUAACAAAAGGGCAUUGAGGUCCCCAUCACAAUUAUACUAGUGCAUAUCUGAUUUUUCAUAUCCAUUAAUGUUUGUUUUUUAUAGCUGGUUACACUGGUAUUUGGUGCAUAUAUAUUUAUGACUGUUAUCCCUUUCUUUUGAUUUGCUUUCUUAAUAAUAUGUAGUAACAUUUUUGGUCUCUUCUGAUCACUUUUUUCUUGAAAUCAACUUUCUCUGUGAAUAGAAUAGCUAUCCCUGCUUUUUUCUGAAUUUUUGUCACAUGGAGUAUUGUUUUCCAUCCUUUUACUUUAGUCUGAAAUUUUUUCUUGUUAAACAUGUUUUUUUCUAUGCAGCACAUUGUUAGAUCUUGUUUGUUGAUCCAUUCUGGCAGUCUGUUUCUUUUGAUUUGUGAAUUGAGACCAUUUACAUUGGUGGUUAUGACUGAUACUGACUUAUCCUUAUUUUCCCUUUUUUUUUUUUUUUUUUUUUUUUUUUUUUUGGUACUGGGGAUCAUACUUGCUAGGCAGGCGCUUAUGCCACUGAAGUAAACCCCCAGCCAUAUUUUUCUGUUGUUCAUUCUCUUUCUUUCCCCUCUAUUUAAUUGUUUGUCUUACUUGGUAGAUUUAUUCUGUUGGGGUUUGUGAAAUUAUAGUCUUCGUUACCUUUUCCUCUAAUAUCCUUUAGAAAUUUUGGAGUGCUGCUUUGGUGUUCAUGAAUUUCUUUAGGCGUUCUUUUUCAUGGAAGUAUCUCAUUUCUUCAUCAGUUUUGAAACAUAGUUUUGUACAUCAAUUUGGGUUGGUGGUUGCUUUCUUUUGGGGCUUAAAAUACUUCACUCCAAGCUCUCUCUGACUUAAGAAUUUGUGUUGAGAAGUUUGCUGUGAUUCUGAUGGGCUUUCCUUUAUAUGUGAUUUGUAUUCUUUUUUCUAACAGCUUUUAAUAUUUUUUGUGUUGAAUUUCUGAAAUCUUCACUAUUAUGUGCUUUGGGUAUAGAUUUCUUUGAUCAUGGCCAAUUGGAGUUCUAUAUAUUUUACUCAUCUGUAUAUCAAGUUCUUUGUCCAUGCUUUGAAAAUUUCAUAUUCUGUGAGCAGGUUUCUUAUGUCCUUUGUGCUAUCUCUUGCGAUUUUUCAUUCACUCUGAUCAAUCUUACAUUCUUUGCAUUAUCUAACAGCUUUUGGAUUGAUUUUUCAUGGCCCCUUGCUAUUUUUAAGAAAUUUUUCUUUUCAGGAACACUAACUACAAACCUCUGUCCUAUAUAUGGUAUUCUGUCCUCACAUUGGUUAAGUCUGCUGUGUAUACUUUGAAUAGAUUUUAAUCUUUUAAGUAUCCAUUUCAUGGAUUUUAUUUCUUUCCAAUGCUGAGCAUUCAUAAUUUCCAUCAUUUUUCUAAGAUCUUCUAUUUUAAAAAAUCUGUAUCUACUCUAAAUUUGCUGGUAGCAGAAAAUGUCCCCCAGCCAGUCUGUUAGUUGUCCGGGCAGCCUCUAGUUUACUUCAGUUCCUGUUACUAGUGUCUUCUAGAAACAUCUGGUCACUGUGAUGUGUAGCUGGUCACUGUGAUGCAUAUUAUAAGAACAAUCAAAGACAGCCAAAUAUUCUGCCUCCGUACUUUCCCUUUGCAACCAGCUCCAUUAAAACCUCCCUUCCUGGGCCUGUGUAGCCUGACAUUUUUAUAAGGAUUGAUUCCUUGUCAGUGCCCAUCUGACAUUAAAUCUGCCUCCAGAGCCUGGCUAUUGUUUCAGUGUUUCUGUUUGCUAUAGCGUGUUAAUUAUGUCUUUCAUUAUGGUCAUCAUCUCUGGUUAUCUGAGAAAUUGAUUUGAUAUUUUUUUCUAGAGCUUCACUCAUGUGCUUUGUUACUUCGACCGUUUCCACUGCAGAGAGUGUAGAUGGGUGGCUUUUGAGUGGUUCAAUCUCAUUGCCCCUUGGAUUUGCCUUUGGCAAGCUGGCAGUUGGGGGUUUUAUCUUGUUUCCAAGUCCUCUCUCUUUUUUUUUUAGUUUAAGUUCUGUAUUGAUGUUUAUAAAUGGUUUAUGGUAGGUAGUUUUGUUAUUAGUAUUGAGAACCCUUAGGAAAUGACUACUUCUCAGGGAUGUCUUCCAGGUGUAGCUGAGUUCUGGGUUUUGAGUACUGCAGAGUUCUGCCUCUUUAAUUUAUUAGAGGCGAGAUGUUGCUGCCUAUUUAGCCUAGCCUCUGGUUCUUUGACUCUGUCCUAUGCUAUUGCUUAUGACCCUCAGGCAAUUUAGGUCUUAGCAUACAAAGAAUAACUGUCACCUUAGAUGAAAUAGGAAAAUCAGUAAUAGCAAUAGCAUCCAGUGCAGCCUAGAAAAUGAUAAACUGGUAACUAUUAACUUACCACCUUUAACCAUGUUAUAUAACUUGUAGUCAGAUAACAAAAUCUAAAACAAUCCAGAAAACUGUAUGCAGAAAAUACUCUCCCAGUGUGGGAUUUGGCCCUGAACGGAGUAAAUGUAAAUUACUAACUGCAGUCCUGUCUUCUAGAUUUCCUAAGCUCUUGUACUUUUUGUAUCUACCUGCUCUAGAUUCACUAGCCAUCCUUAUGGUUGUCAUCUCUUUGGUUAUCUGUGGAAUUAUUUCUGAUUUUUUUCUAGACACUCAUUCAUUUACUUUGUUACUUCUGCUGCUGCAUUUCAGAAAGGUCAGCUAGGACCCUUUUGAUUUCUUUUACUUCAAUACCUCCUGGAUUUGCCCUAUGGGAGCUGGAGAUCUGGGAUUAUAUUUUGCUUUGGCAUUUUCUCAUUUUGUUUCUUUUAAAAAUGUUUUCUGCAUUGAUGCUUGUAAAUUGUUUAUGAUAAGUAGGUUUAUCAUUAGUAUCAAGACCUUCUUAGGAAAUGAAUAGCUUACUUUUAAAUUGUUUGAAGGUCUUACCUCUUCAGUUUAUUAGGGAUGAGAAGAUGCUGCCCAUUUGGCCUAGCACCCAUUUCUUUGAUGGUGGACUAUGGUAUUGUCUGCAACCCCCAGUCAAUCCCAGGGUAGGUGUACUAAGAACAAUUGAUCAGAAGUACUACAUGUACUACUUGGUUACAGUCUAGAAAAUGACAAGCUGUGAUAACUAUUAAUUUGCCAUCUUUAUCAGUACAAGAUUUUAUAACUAAGAAAAUCUAAAAUCAGAAAAUUGUAUAUAGGAAAUAUCUGCUCAAUAGAGUAAGUUUACUCUGAGGAAAAAGUUUAAAAAGGGAUAAGAGAAAAAAAUACAGAAAUAGAUUAGAAGAAGGUCAAUAGAAGAUUACCAAAGCUUUGGAAAACUGGUAAAAAAGAUAAAGAAAGAAGGACUACAAAAACAAGAACAAAACAAACUAAAAAUAAUAUUUACUCAUGAAAAAAUGAAAUCAAGGGGGGAAGCAAAGGAAAAAAAUGACUUUUUUGCUGGGUGUGGUGAUAUACACCUGUAAGCCCAGCACUCCAGAGGCUGAUGCAGGAGGACUGCCAUGCCAAGAGUUUGAGGUCAGCCUGGGUUAUGUAGUGAGUUCAAGGUUAACUACAUAGUUCUGAACUACAUAGACCUUGUGUCCAAAAACAAAAAAUAAAAGAGAAAAUAAAAUGAAAACUAUAAUGACAAGCAUAUUUUUCUGUGAUUUCAAGCCUGAGAUUUUUCUUCUAGGGAAGGGUCCAAUUCAGGGUAUGUCUUUGCUGUCACUGGUAGACAAUGGAUCAAGAGUCAGACAGAGCCCUGAUCCAUUCUGGCUAAUCCCAGCAAGCCUGCAGCAGGACUAGGGUGGAUACCAGUUUUGGUGCUCUCAACUCCACAGAAGAUCAGGCUGAUGUUGUUGGGUUGAGACCUGAGUUAUUCAGCCUACAGCACUCUGGGUGCCUCUUACCUGUUUGCCCGCAGCUCUCUGACUCUGAAGAUGUGAUUGUCCUUUCUCCCAUAGGGUCACUGGGAUUUUGAUACUGGGAGACCUGAGAGGAAGCCAGCCCUCAGCUGCUCUUAGGUCUCAGGUUCAGUUGGCCUCUCCCUAAAAUGGCAGUAGGCCAAGCACCCUCUCCAGGGCACCUUGGUCUCGGACAGAGUCACACACCAGCUGUGGUGGUACAUGGGUUUAUCCACGGCGGUGUUCCGUGGGUGUGUUUCUCCCUGGAGGCCUCGGAGUCAGCUGCUUUCACUGUGUGUGUAGAGUUGAUUCCCCUCUCAGGUCAGCAGCUGGGCAGAAAGUUCAGUUUGCCCUCUCUCUCUCUCUUUUUAAAAUGUGUUAUGUUUUGUCUCUUAACUUUUUCUGAUCUUUCCUGGCUCCUAGGGAUCCACCUUCCCCAUUCUUUUCUUCUUAAAGUUGUUAUUAGGCUUUGAAGGAAAUACCCACAUUUCUUCAAAUAAAGUUUGUUUGGAUUCAUAAUCAUAGUGGAGUGUAAAUCUUAAUGUUUUAUAUAAACUUUGCACAUUAUCUUGUGGCGAUUUCUGGAGUAUCAAGCCGACACUUGACUAACACACGUGCGUGUAUCUCUGGAAUUUAGGGAUUGUGUACUGUGCUCAGCAUGCUGCACGUGGAAGCACCAGCACAGAUGGCCCAGGACGGCCCAGACUGAUUGUGUCAGGAUUUCUGAAAGGGCGGGAUACUGACUGUAAUAGGGGCUCAUGAAGGACAGAACUGAAAGUGAGAGCGAGCCUCGGCCAGCACAUUGUGUUUCUCUGAGUGCCAAGGGCUGACUUGUGUUUUGAGGGUUGACUCUUUACAGCCAUCUGUAGGAGGUUGAGGGAGAAGUCAGGAGCCAGCUUCUAGAGUAGAAUAGUGAGCACAGUAUACUCAGGAUUAAUGCUUGGAUAUUCCUCAAAAGGUCAGAAACACCUUGGACCCUGAAUUAGUGAUUGCUAAGAUUAUUGAACGAACAGUAGAGCACUGGAAGUUGGAUGGCUUUAGAAGCUGUGUUCUUCUUAGACAAACCCCACAAACCUGAAGCACUUAGUCUUUGCUUUAAUAAGACACAUGUACAGUUCCAGUAUAUUCUUAUUAUUUCAAAACGAUGUCUCAAGGAAAGCAUUGAAUAAAUACAGAAAAUUACUGUGCUUUGAAUACAGUUCUAGAGUUUAUGUAUUGGUAAAUAUUUGGGUUAAAACAUUCUUCAUUUGAAUGAGUUAUGAUGUGUUGAAUUAAUUUAAUUGCCUUAAAAUUUUAAACUGGGUGUUUUGGCAUAGACUUGAAAUCCCAGUUAUUCUGGGAACUGAGACAGCGUAACAAGUUCAAGGCCAGCUUGGACAACUUUGCAAGACUCUAAAAAUAAAAAAGGUAUUGAUGUAGUUUAGUGAUAGGCCAUCCUGAAUGCCCAAUACCACCAAAAAUGUUUUUUCAGAAAUAAAACCUGAGAGGGGCUGGGGAUUUAGCUCAGCGGCAUAAGCGCCUGCAUUGAAAGCAGGCAGUCGUGAGUUCGAUCCCCUGUACCGAUAAAAAGGAAAAAGACAAAAAAAAAAAAAAAAAUUAAAAAUAAAACCUGAGGAGGUAUGAGGAGGGUUGGGGAGGGGGUUGUAGCUCAGUGGUAGAGUGCUUGCCUACCAUGUUUGAGGCCCUGGGUUCAGUUCACAGUCCUACCAAAAAGAAAAAAAAAAUCUCCAAGGAUAAGCAGAAAUUACUAGACUAAGGCUCACCUAUAUUUAGUUGUCUGUGUGUCUCUGUGUCUUGUGUGCCUAUACAUAUGUGUGUCAUUUCUUACAUUUAAGAAUUGCUGUCAACAGGAGAAUUUUUGCAAGGGCUAAAAAUCAUUUUUUUAAUUGCUGAUUUUUGAAGUUUCUUCUUCAAACAGAGUUUCCAAAGUUUUCUGUGUCUUGUGAUGGCUGGUUUUUUUUCUUUCUGUACCACUUACUGAAAUUCUAGUUUAUGAAAAUUGUGGUUUAUUCUGUGGUUAGUGCAGGAUAGUACUUUACUUACUAAGUUCUACCAAUUCAUAGUUCAUUCUCUUACCUUACAAUGCAUGAGAAACCAAAAGACUGAAUUCUCCAGCUCUAGUCAGGACAAAUUUGAGAAAGUGUUUUUUGAGGGGGCUGUGGUUUAAAUGAAAGAUAACUAAAAUAGAGGAAGCCCAAAGGAGGUAUGAAAUGAGGAUUAAAAUAAAUAUUAGCCCAUGAUUUCAGUUGUUGUCUUGACUCUAAUUCUCAGAAUUAUAACUAGAAUCCAAAUAUAUUACCAAUUAAAUAUAUGUAGCAUAAAGUUAUAAAAUUGUCCCUUUAUGAUCUCAGCCUUGUAACAGGUAUUUCCUUCAGCAAAAAGAAAUUGUGUGAGCUAAACCCUUUGUUCACUCCUGUCCAUUGAUAAGAGCAGCACUUAGAUAACUUACUGUUAGCUGUAAAGUAUAAUCACUCAAACCAAUUGUUAGCAUAAUGCAUUCUAUAUAGUCUCUCUCUUGACUUUCCUCCAAGGACAUGAGACACUGUGGUGGUGUUGAUGGACGUGAUCUCAGCUGAGAAUCAUGUCAGAGUUGCUAAUCAUUGUAGAUGACUGAUGAUGUAAUUUGUAUUCAUUUUAGAAAUAAAACCAUGUUUGAACAAGAA